AUGAAAAGUGGCAAGAUCCAGCAUUGCAAGUUCGACGAGUCUUACAUCUGGAACGACUUCUACAUCACGGAGACAGAGUUCAACAUGGCGUGCAUUGAGUUUGAACUGCAGGCCGCCAACAUCUUCACCAGGAACACAGUGCUAGGCACUGGGAAGGUGCAGUUGGCCAUGGUCAGGCAGCGACCCAACCAUACCUACGUGCGGAAGCAGAUACAGCUGACUCUGGAGCACAAGCUGACCUCAAAGCUGACGGUCACCGUGUUUUGCUACGGGGAGGGCGACAAGCCUCCAGCUCCGGAUGAUGCUCAAGACAACAAGGAGGAGGUGGAGGCACAUCUGAAUGACUUGACGGCCGCCGUGAUUGGAGACACAGGAAACAAGAACCAGUUUAAUCAAUUUUAUCAUCUUUUCGUGCAAGUGCACCGUGCUGAACAUCUUGGUGGCGGUGAGAAAACGUACAAUCCCUACGUCUCAGUAGAGUUCAACGGCCAUGAAUUGCGGAGUCCGGCUGCUAGGGAAACGCAUACCCUCGCCUUCGAUGAACAGUUCCGGAUUCCCGUUACAACACCGCUGUUCCAAGAUUCGAUCGUGAUCAGAAUCUGGGAUUCGUCCAAGUGGAUGGGUGACGAGAUCAUUGUGCAAGGUCGGUUGUCAUUCUCGCUGCUGCGCAUGCAUGCGCUGUCUCCCAAAUGGUUCAACUUCUACGGCUUCAAAAGCGAGGAGGUUCCGGAUGUGCAAGCUAUAACGAGCUCUGGUGAUAUAGCGGAAGAGAACGCUUAUUUGGGCCGCUUGCUCAUCAGUGCCAGAGUGAACAAAGUCGAGUCUAUGUCUGCACUGCAGCUGCCAGCAGUCCUCAGGGGCGGCCCUUGCGAAGAGCCACCUUCCAAAGUGGAGAAUUUCUUGAUGGACGUCUUUGAAGUCUCGGGCUGUGCCGGAAGCGAGGUGAUGUUGGAGAUGACGAUAGGCGUGAAGUCCAAGAAGACGAAGACCGCGCUGCGGUCGAAGGAAUCUGACGAGGAUCCAACUACCCCAGGCAGGUUCACCUUUCAAGGUGACAAGGGGCGGAUGACACCUUUGGUGGCCGUGAUUCCGACCAACCCUCCCGAACAGCUGGACGUGAUCCUCUCCCUGUAUUCGCGAAUUACUGGAUACGUGAGCAACGCUGACUGGCAGCGGAUUGGCUUUUCUCGGAUAAAGGUGGCAGAGGUCCGAGACUGGGAUGGCGACACCCAGACGCCGCUGUGGUGCACCAUGAACAGCAUGGCCCACCUGCCCAGCAGCGUGGAGCCAGGCUCCAUCCUGUGCUCCCUGGCCAAGUCACAAGAGACCGUGCUCACACGGGGCGUUCCAAACUGCAAGCCGGUGAAGUUCCACCUGCGCUGCUACAUCAGCAUGGCACGGAACCUGCAGUGCGAGGGCAACCGGGUUCCGAGCGCCUUCUGCGAGAUUUCUUGCGCUGGUCAGAGAGAGCGAACCGCUGUGAUUCCGCAGACCUCUUCACCCAAUUGGUCGGAUAUGCUAGCAUUGGACAUCAGCCUCCAGUGUUCCUUGCAGAACAUGCGCUGCUAUCCAGAGCCGGUGCAGCUGACCGUGUACGACGUGGUUGGCAAGUCAUUGAUGGACAAGGUAGCUGAUGCCGCAACUAGCGCAAAGCAGCUUGCGAACAGCGCCAUGGCGGGGCAGCUGGGCAACAACAAAGAAGGCAAGCUGAACUUCAAUGACGAAGCCGGACAAAGCGGGCUGGCUGACAUGGACUUUGCGAAGCUGGGGGAUGAAUACAAGGAGUACGUCAAAGACCAAGCUCUUGCCACGAUGAUGGGUGAUGUGAUGGCUGCCAAGAGGCUUGGCGAGGUGAAGGGCGGCCGGAGGGUGAUCGGAAGGCAGAAGAUCAACUUCCGGAAGCUGCUCCACCCGCUGGCGAACUACAAGAUGAGGCAGCGCUGGCUCAGGCUCAAAGGUGGCGUCAUGGCAACCGGCUGGGCCGGCGACAUCAUGAUCGGACUGGAGAUGAUGAGGGCGAAGUAUGUGUCGGACUUUCCCCAAAAGAUCAUGAAGCCUCCAGGAAAGCCCUGCUUAGUCUCCGUGAGCAUUAUCGGCCUCCGCAACAUCACGCUGGGGGAUCAGCUUCAGGGGGAGCCCGUCCUCGAGAUCGUGGUGCCCUCGGUGAAGCCAGACCCCAGCAAGCCCCAGCCAAAGGCUUCGCCCAAGGCUCUGGCGGCUCCGGAGGGCAAGGGGAAAGGGAAGGGCAAAGAGGGGAAAGGCAAGGAGGGUAAAGGCAAGGAGGGGAAGGGCAAAGGCAAGGGCAAGAAGGGACAGGUGCCUGAGGCCGAGGUCGUUGCAGAGGUCAAGGAGGAGGAGAAGCCCUCGAAGGCAAAGGAAGGGAAAGACAAGGAGAAGGAGAAGACUGCACCCGGCAUGGAGGGCUUAGCAACGGCUGAAGGCAGCGAUGCCAUCCAGGAGAAGAGCGAAUGGGUACAGUACCAGAAGAAGCCGAACACCCGGCUGCACGACAAGGACACCAACAAGAAGUGGACCGCAAGCGGCCGCACGGGCUAUGAGUUUCUGAACGUGGUUCACCUUGGUGCUCUUCUGCCCAAGCUUCCGGUCUACGAGCCCGACAUUCGCUUCCGCCUCCGGGACAGUGCUGUCGCCACCAGCCUUCUGGCAGAGGGCCGCAUUGGAUUGGCCGAGCAUUUACCCUGGGUGACAGACCCGGAAAAAGCGAAGAAAUCCACUGAAGCGCGCGACAAAUAUUCCGACAGCGAAGACGGUGACCGCAACGACGGCAUGCCUGUCAGUGAUUGUGAUGACGAAGGAUCCAACUACGUGGAGGUCGUCUUGGGCAACCAGCCUGCCAAGAUCGCCUUCAACAAAGAUGAUAAGACAAGCUUCCCGCCGGUGAUCACAGCAUGCAGCGAGAAGGGCCCCGUUGCUGCGAAGGGGAUUGGCGUCGGGGACUGGCUGAUUGCUGUCAAGAAGAAGGAGGAGAAGCAGGAGCAGACUGUCACCUGGAACCCAGCCCAAGCCAAUGAGUUCAUCGAGACGACCGACAAGGAGAAGAUUAGGCCUCUUAAGUUGGUCUUCCGGAGGAAGGAUCGGAUGGAAAUCCAAGUCCGGCUGCUGCAGGGGCCGCACAACUUGGAGUUGGCUAACAGCAAGGACGAGAUGCCCCCGAAGAUUAUGAAAGACAACUCGAAGGACAAGAUGUGGCGGAAGCAGGGCAUCAGUCCCGGAUUUCGCAUUGUAGACAUUAACGGUGUGGACACGAAGGAAAUGACUGCAGUGAUGCCUCGUUUCAAGCAGCUGCUGCAGCUGCGCCCGGCCAUCAUCUCCUGCAGACCUCAUGGCCUUGCGGCCCGGGGCGAUUCCGACAGGGCCAUCCAAGAGGUGAAGGACGUCAUGCUGAGCGGCGUGGCCUCCGAGGUGUUCAAGGAGUAUGAGCACAAGCUCAGACACAAGGACGGCCCCCUGGCUUUCAUGCGUGUUCCCAGGCCAAGCGCAGUGAUCCCGGACCCUGUGAAUACUCAGCAUCUCAACUGCCGCCCCGCGCGAGCUGCCUGCUUGGACGUCCAGGGCCUGGCGAAGUUCAUUGCCGGCGGUGACGAGGACGACGACAAAGCCAGGCCGUCUGUGCAAGGAUGUCUUGAGCACAACAUGAACCCAGCGGUCUUCCGCAACAUCCCACUACUCAGCGGUGCCACAGAGAUUGGCCAGGUGAAGGCCAGGUUCAAGGUGGUUUCGCCUCCCAACAAGAAGUGGAUGUAUGGCAAGGAAGGCACUGGCGAAGACAAGGUCUUCUUCAAUGAAAAGAUGCUGCGUAAGCGCUUCAAGAUUGAUCAGCCCCACUCUCUUCGCGUGCGGACUUACAUUAUCCGGGGGCUCAACGUCAGUGGCGCUGUGUCUGGCUAUGGCAACCCUUACCUGUACUUCAUGUACGGUGCAAGCAAGGUUUCGCUGGAAGGACAUCGCCAAAUGCAAUCCGUCGAGCCUCGCUAUUUCCGCACGGAGGAGUGUGACAUCAAUCUGCCGGAGCAGUCCUAUUUCGAGAUCGGCCUCUUCGACUACCAGGAGAACGGCGAGGAUUUGCUCAUUGGAAAGAGUGUUCUGGACCUCGAAGACAGGUUCUACACCAGGGAUUAUAUGAUCAUGAUGAAGAACAAGAAGGUGCCAAUUGAGUAUCGGCCACUCAUCUGUGAGUCCAUCGAUGCGAAUACGGGUGAUGUCAGCACCAUUUCCAAAGGCUCACUCGAGAUGUGGAUCGAGCUGCUGGAUACUACAACCGCCGCAGAGAUUCCGGUGAGCAAACUGUUGCAGCCCCCCGCUAUGGAAGUGGAGGUCCGCCUCAUAUGCUGGACGGUCCAUGACCUGCAGAUGCGCAUGUGCACUGACGAGUACGGCGACCCGAGGGAGAGCAUCAGCAUCCGCUGCCGAUGUUCCAUUGAUUGCAGGACUUACAAUGGGCCCCAGCCGAAGGAGCAAGAGACGGAUCAACAUGACUCCUGUGUGGGAGAUGGUGAGUUCAACUGGCGCUUUCUCUUCUCACGCAUCCAGGUUACCAAGGGGGUCCCCAUUGAUUGCUUCUUGCAUCUGAGUGUUUGGGAAUACUUCGCUCUGUCCCGGCCGAUUAUGCUCUGCGAGAGCCUUCUUGAGCUCAAGAGCUAUGUCAAGAAGGUCUCCGAAGAUCGCAUGAUGCUGGAAAUGGAGGCAGACCUGCCUCUGUCGAAUAACCAGCUACAGGCGGAGCUGAAGAAAGAGCUGAAGGGUGAAGGUGGUGUGGAAGGAGGUGGCGAUGGCGAUGAAGAUGAGCCGGCCGCAGAAGAAGAGGAGGACGCCGAAGGAGACGGCGAGCUCAAUGCCGGCGCAGUUGAGGAGGAAAGGGCGAUCCCACCUGCAGCCUACAUGAAGAUCGUCUUUCAAGUGCUGGCUCAGACGGAAGCCUCCAAUGAGAACAACAAAGUUGGAAUUGCACGGAACGAGCCGAACCGCAACCCGUCCCUGCCAUUCCCGAAAACGGGUCGAGACUGGCGCUACUCCAUGCCGACAGCGGCCAGUGUGGUGGAGAAGGUCAUGGAUGCUUUCAGCCCAUCGAAACGUGGACCGCUGAUGACUCUCAUCAUGUUCUUUAUCAUCGCCUCCAUUAUCUCGAACGUCCCAUUCGAUGAGGACCUGCAGUGCGUGACCACUGUGAAGCAGAGCUGCUUCGAUCAAAGCACAUGCUUCCUCUGCAACUGCUGCGGGCGAAUUGGUGGAGACAUGUCGGAUGCCAAGAAGCAAAAGCUUUGCAAGUGGGGCUUCAUCUUCAUGAGUCGAACCGUUGAUGAGGUGUGCACCAACCUUGCAGAUUGCAAUCUAGCUCAAGGAGCGACCUGCUCUGCAGACGCAGAGGGUAAUGCACUUACGACCUGCACGGCACCAUACGCUGCCUGUAGCUUUGUCGCACCAACUGCCACUCGCUGA